AUGACGACUGCCGUAAAGCCAGAAGACACCGAUACGGUCCAGCUUGACGAAACAGAUGAGAGGAAGGGUCCUACGAUCACGACGAAAUCCUUACCAUCAACUGAAGGCGUCGAGAUCACCCGUCUACCUACGGAAGAUAAUCUUCAGCUGCUGACCAGCAGUGGACCAAAAUCGACGUUUCAUAUCUACGACAAGCACGGGUGUCACAAGUGUAUCUCACCAAUCCUUGACCCUGUGCUGGAACAGCGUUCUGGCCCUACCGUUAAGCAGCAGAAAGCGAAACAUAAAGAGCGGAAGGAACGUCAAGACGCCGGUCUUCCUCGUGUCGAACCAGACAACAAUGCCUUCUUCCUACACCGACCGUAUCUUGCCUUCCAUGUGCCGCCCCGUGUUCUUUACAUGGGCAACAGCAAGCGCAUGGCACAACCUGCUGUUCUAGUACACGAGGGCUGUUGGUGGAAGGAGUAUAAGCUCCAGCUACUUCCAUCUAUACCCGACAUAAUCGACCCACGUGGGGUAGUUGCAUGGCGACACAAUGGAGGUGACAAGAAAGCGCUCAAGCUUGACGAUCACAAGUUCAAAGGCUAUAGAGUCCGAACAUGGAGACUGUGGGGUGAGACGGGUAAAGACUACGUACACUCUGUAAAAGGCAUACGCCAAACUGGCGACGGUAUGGAUCCUGAUGUGGCUAAAGACUCCAGCGUCAAGUCGGGAGAGCCUGCGAUGGCCAACGAGGUAGUGUACCUGCGGUGGAAAAACCCUCUAUCCCGUCACACAAGAUGCUAUCACUUCCACUAUGCAGGCAUCGACUUCUUCUGGAAAGGAACAGGUUCUGUCCAGGAAUCUCGAACCUGUGGGUUCAUGUUGCGCUUCAACCACCUGAAGCUAGUAGCCAAGUUACCAGUCACUGAGAAGAAGGAAGAAAUGCAAGUUGAGGUAUGUUUGGGAACAUACACGUCAUCCGUUGCGGCUAGGAAAAGUGGUAUUCUGGAGUUCUUUGAUGCCGUUAUCUUGCGAUUGAUUGACGAGUUCGCGCCAUCUAUGCUAGCUCGGCCAGAAGAAGAAUGUGAUGAGAAAGAGCAAGAUGUAGCAAGGAUUUCUCGGAUGAAGAGGAGCACGCUGUAUCAAGUAUUCGUCGCUACUGCCAUGUGCAUGAUCAAAAGCGAAAAGGAAAAGAGACACACUUUGCUGGAUCUGAUAAUUGCCGGUAUUACUGAGGGUGGUGGUGCAGGUGGGUGA